UGGUGUUUUGUUUGAUUCAACUAUGUUUGGCUCCGAGCAUGCGCUAGAGCCAACCCAACCAAACAAAGCCACUGACUUGUUCAACAUGGCGGCGUGAAAGCAGUAUAAGAGUGGAUUUUAAAACCUAUUCCAAUCAAUCAAAAAACGUUAGUAUAGCAACGUGAAGUUUAAAGAAAUUAAUCGUUUCUUGAAAUAAUAAAAAGCGACAAAAUGAUGUCCAGAGAUUUUCGACAAGCAGGGCAAGCGAUGAACCCUUACCAAGGAAUGGCAGCCAAGUUCCGUCCAUCUUACCAACCUCCAUCCAAUUCAAUGGGUCAAUGGGGAGGCUCACCUGGCAUGAAUCAAAAUAUGUUUGGUCUCACUCAACAGCGAUUUUUAUCACAAAGACCUUUCCUACCUGGCGACUUUCAAAAUACGCCAGCACCCAAAGCUCCUGAUAAGCCACUGAUGCCUUACAUGAGAUUCAGUAGAAAGGUUUGGGAGCAAGUAAAAAACCAGAAUCCCGAGGGCAAGUUGUGGGACAUUGGCAAAAUAAUUGGUCAAAUGUGGAGGGAUCUUCCUGAUGAAGAAAGACAGGUAUUUUUUGAUGAAUAUGAACUUGACAAGGUUCAAUACAAUGAAUCAAUGAAGGCUUAUCAUAAUUCCCAAGAAUAUCAACAGUGGAUUGCUGCCAAAGGAAGAGCUCAACAAGCUCUACAAGAACAACAAGCUCGUGCUAGAGGUAUCGAUCUUGCUUCAUUUGAUUUACACGACGCGAGAUUCAGUUUGGAACCAAUCAUAGGUGAUGAUGAAGAAGAUUUGUUCUCUGUCAAGCAUGUUGCAGCCAGUCGUUUUCAUCGUAAUCAAAAACUUAUGGCAGAUAUAUUUAGUGAUAUUGUUGUUCCUGAUCUACGCACUGUAGUCACAACCUCGCGUAUCCACAUGCUGCGAAAACAAGUCAAGUCACUUGGUGAACACCAGAAAAAAUUAGAAGCAGAACUUCAGCAAAUUGAGGAAAAUUUUCAAACGAAGAAACGGAAGUUUGUUGAAAGCAGUGAAUCGUUUAGGGAAGCAAUAAAGAAGUCGCCAAAAAUUACCGAGACGAAAACUCCCGAGGUAUCGAGUUGACAAGCCAUGAAAUAAUCAUCCAACAUGUAGCUACAUUUGAUAUUGUUCAUUUCUACAUCACGUAACUGAAGAAGAAAGUAUUCACGUUACACCGUAGAAUGUUAGCCGAAGUAUUCAACAUUCUUGUUGCUUUCUUGGUCCUCAGGUCUCAACAUUGUGACAUCCUCACAAAGCUCUCCUUAGUUAAUAUUUGAAACUUAAAAAUUUGAAGUAUUUUCAGUACAUUUGUUUUGUUAGAGAUCAUAAAUGAUACAUCAACAUUCAGGACCAUUUCUCAUAGACCCCUAGUUGUCGGUGACGGUGUAUAUAUUUAUCACCUCGAGCUCUGUAUAAAAACAACCACUUUUAAGGAUAUCAGCCGCGCAUUACACGAAUAUAUAUGAACGAGAUGAUUCUGAUUCAUUGAAUCUAUACGUGUUCAACCUGUGUAUAUAGCAUUAACUUGGGUAUAAUGUAAGUUUGGCGUUAUUAAUUAAAUUCCGUAUAGAUUAAUUGCUAGCUAAAUA